GGAAGCCAGGGGCGGGGGUUUACUCUCCCUGCUCGGUUGGUAGGAUAAAGGGAUAAAAUAUACAGUGAGAGGCAUCCAAUCCAGUUUGAGCUGGUUCUAGUAGUGGUCGAACGUUAAUUUUAAGUUACAGACGCUCUGGAGCUGGAGGUGUAGGCUGAGGUGUAUUUUACGUCUGACCCACAUUUUAUUUCGUAAAUUGUGAAAGGCUGCGUUAUUCUUUUAUCUCUACGGUACACGCGUAGCAACUAUGGGAAGGAAAACUAAAUCUACCGGUGGAGACGACAGCACAGAGCCUAUAAGGAGAAAGUCUCGGCGGUUGGAAAACAAGGAGACACAGCCAGAAGCACAGCCAGAGAAGACAAAGGCACCUCCCAAGACCAAGAAAGUAGCCAAACAGCCCACCAAGGCAGAGGAGAAGAAAGAAGAACCUGAGGUUGAGAAAGAAGAGACUUCUGCAGAAAAUGGUGACGCAAAAACUGAGAAGGAGGCUGCAGAUGGAGAUGAAGCAGAGGAAAAAGAGGACAAGGCUGAGGAGGAAGAUAAAGAAGCAGAAUAGUGACAUCCAUAGACUCACUUGUCAGGGCUCCCUGUACCUUGUUUCUUGUACAAUGCAGAUCAUAUUUUUAUCUAUUUUCAUAAGACGGUAAUGUUUUUUAGGCACGCUGCAUUUUUUUUUUUUUAAAUACUAUAAAUUCCAUACAGUUUCUUCUUCAACUUCUCAGUCAUUGUGAUGUUUUUUGGGAGGGGGGGGAAUUCUCUCAUUGUACUUGUUUUUUCUCUCGCCGACUUUUUCUUUUAGGCUGUAGAUUUCUGCAUGACAUUAAGGCAUGCCUAGAUCAGGAAUUUGUUGUUCAACUCUGGGAGAGUUUACCUGAAACAUUCCCGAGGCGUCUUGAUGGAUUUUGUAACCCGUACCGUUUGGAAUUUAAUACAUUGUAAUACUGUGUUUAAUAGGGAACAGGAUGAUUGAAAGUUUGAGAGCUGGGAUUUGAGAGAAGUCUUGUUCGCAACGUUCACUUCAAUCAUGUUCACUAGCACUGGACUUGGUUGGGUUUUUUAUGCUGUCAAUGAUAGUACAUUUGAGGAUGGUUAGAUUAAUUCAUGCUCUGUUGUGCUCAAAUGCAUUACAUAGCUUAUCAUACUUGUCAUGGUUUUGUCCUUUAAUGAUUACUGUGUUUUCACCUCCAGACAAAAAUGUAUAUGCCACAUAUUUGUGGAAAUAUCCAUUCAGGUUUGGGGAUUUCUCUACCAAUGUACAGUUUCAUCAUUUUAUUUUUUUUU